UGAAGUAAACACGAGACCACGUGUUGGAGCCUUCUGGAAGCCGACUCCCCUUUUACUCAGCGCGGUGCUAACUCCGCCGGCGAGAAUUUUCUAACUCCAAACUCCGCUGGUUGUGUCGCUUUUCCAUGGCUGCCGUAAAGUCGCUUAACCCAAAGGCAGAGGUGGCCAGAGCCCAGGCCGCUCUCGCCGUCAACAUAAGUGCCGCUCGGGGGCUUCAGGAUGUACUGAGGAGUAAUCUCGGACCGAAGGGGACCAUGAAGAUGCUCGUCUCGGGAGCUGGAGAUAUUAAGCUGACCAAAGAUGGCAAUGUCUUAUUACACGAGAUGCAAAUUCAGCACCCAACAGCAUCCCUUAUUGCCAAGGUUGCCACGGCACAGGAUGACAUCACAGGAGAUGGAACCACCUCCAACGUUCUGAUCAUCGGUGAGCUGCUGAAGCAAGCGGACCUCUAUGUGUCAGAGGGUCUUCAUCCAAGAAUCAUUGCGGAGGGCUUUGAGGCAGCAAAGGAGAAGGCUCUGGCUGUUCUGGAGGAGCUCAAGGUUACUCGGGAAAUGGACAGAGAGACACUUGUCAAUGUUGCACGUACAUCUCUGCGUACGAAGGUGCACACAGAGCUGGCAGAUCUGCUCACAGAGGCUGUUGUGGAUGCUGUGCUUGCGAUAGCCAGGCCUAAUGAACCCAUUGACCUGUACAUGGUGGAAAUAAUGGAGAUGAAGCAUAAGACUGAGUGUGACACACAAUUAAUCAGAGGUUUGGUGUUGGACCAUGGAGCCCGUCACCCAGACAUGAAGAAGAGGGUGGAAGAUGCCUACGUGCUGACGUGCAACGUCUCGCUGGAGUAUGAGAAGACAGAGGUGAACUCCGGCUUCUUCUACAAAAGCGCAGAGGAGCGAGAGAAGCUGGUUGCUGCUGAAAGGAAGUUUAUUGAGGAUCGGGUGCAGAAGAUCAUCGCACUGAAGAAGAAAGUCUGCUCCAGCGAUGAAAAGGGCUUUGUUGUCAUAAAUCAGAAGGGGAUUGACCCAUUGUCGCUGGACGCUCUUGCAAAGGAAGGCAUUGUUGCCCUUCGCAGAGCAAAGAGGAGGAACAUGGAGAGGCUCACCCUCGCCUGUGGGGGCAUCGCCAUGAAUUCAGUUGAUGACCUCACGGCCGAGUGCUUGGGACACGCCGGGCUGGUUUAUGAACACACACUGGGAGAGGAAAAAUACACCUUCAUUGAGAAGUGUGAGAACCCUCGCUCAGUCACACUGCUGGUGAAGGGCCCCAACAAACACACCCUCACACAGAUCAAAGAUGCCGUCAGGGACGGUCUGCGGGCGGUCAAGAACGCCAUUGAAGACGGUUGCGUAGUGCCUGGUGCAGGUGCGUUUGAGGUCGCUGUAGCAGAUGCUCUAGUGAAACACAAGCCCAGUAUCAAAGGCCGAGCACAGCUGGGAGUGCAGGCGUUUGCAGAUGCCCUCUUAGUCAUCCCAAAGGUUCUUGCUCAGAACUCUGGUUAUGACCCACAAGAGACUCUGCUGAAGCUGCAGACGGAGAACAAAGAGUCUGGUCAGCUCGUCGGAGUUGAUCUCAGCACAGGAGAGCCAAUGGUGGCUGGAGAAGCAGGCGUGUGGGAUAACUACAGUGUCAAGAAACAGCUUCUUCAUUCAUGCACGGUAAUUGCCAGCAACAUCUUGUUGGUGGAUGAGAUCAUGCGAGCUGGAAUGUCUUCCCUGAAAGGUUAAAGGUCAUCUGAAGAAGCUGCAGCUGUUCAUUUUACUCAAGGGGAAAGCAGUUUACCUGACUGUUCAGUCUGUCCGUUCUGCUCUGAAGCACCUCCACUCAUGGACAGGCUGCACUAACCCGAGGAACCGUCACAGCAACUGUUAUAUCAUCGUUUUUCCUUUUUUUUCAUGAAAUUGUCAGAUUCUCCCUCUGAAGCAAUUGGUUUAUUUAAGAUGUUUUGUUAGAAGCACUGACCUUUCCAAUGCAGUUCUGUUUCCACUCAUUAAAGGUUUUCUUGGCUCCAAAA